GGCUAACUUUGUUACUUAUCAUUGAGGGCAUCGUGUGUUCAGUGAUUGUUUUGCGCGAUUUGGAGCGGACCGAGUUGGCUGAACUUUUGUGCCCCGUAUAUAGACAUAGCUCUUCUUCUUGUCCUUUCAUUGCCGCUACCCUGACGAAGAUGAAGUUAAUUUGAGCCGCCGCAGCCACAACAAGAGUCUAAUAAGAUUGGACAGGUGCUACACUAUUUUCCGUAGAAGCUAUUGACGGUGCGCGUUUGUUUUUUGUUUCUCUUCUUUUCGUCGACAACAAGAAAAAGUAUAGCUCGACAUCCUCGCAUUUCCGUUUCAAGCUCCGGUUUCACGGUUUUGUUCAGCUGUUAUUGAUGAACGUCAUUUAUGCUGAUUAGAAUUGACGAUCCGCAACAAACUUGAUCACCAGCCUUCUUUUUAUCUGGUGGUCGCUUUUUCACGCUCGAUUGCCGACGUCUCUUGUCACUUAUCCAUUACACAAUGGAAUCUUAUUCUUCGUCAUCCAAGUUAGAACUUGGUAACAGUUUGUUACAUUCGACCAGUAACGAGUCUUCGCCGCAAAGUUCCAAUAACGGCGACAUGAAACGGAAGACUUGCAGCGGAGGUGGAAGCAACAACGGCCAGCACCUGAUCCCGACGUCCGUGCCGGGCUUAACCUCUGACUUGACCUCACUCUACGCUCUGGAGAACUUGCACCAUCAUCAUCACCAUCAUCACUCGGCGGGCUUGUCUCAUCAUCAUUCACACCAUUCGUCUCAUCAUCACAACUUGAUCGGUGGUGGCAAUUCAUCGAUUACGAGCAUCGCACCGUCGACAUCCAGCUCGCAAAGCAUUCAAUCAGGAGCUGGAGGUUUGCUGAAUUCCGGAAAUCCACUUGGUCUACCUGGUCCAGAAGGUGCUUUCAAAAAACUGAAAUCGGAGAGCUCAUCGUUGGGUGGCGUCGGUCCUGGUGGAGGAUCGAAUAGCUGCGUCGGCAAUUCGCAUCUGCACAACCCGUCGGCGGCUUCUUGUCCAACUCCGGCGCGUCGUCGACAUCGCACAACCUUCACUCAAGAGCAAUUACAAGAAUUAGAGGCAGCGUUUGCCAAGAGUCACUAUCCGGACAUUUACUGUCGCGAAGAACUCGCCCGCGUCACCAAACUCAACGAAGCUCGCAUUCAGGUUUGGUUCCAGAAUCGCCGUGCCAAAUAUCGCAAACAAGAGAAACAAUUGCAAAAAGCUCUGGCGCCGUCAGUUCUUCCGGCCUGCAAUGGAGCCGCAAUGAUGCGGAAUAUCUACCCGACGGCUAGUCGCGGAUAUCAACCCUAUCCUCACCCUAAUACGUUCCAGAUGAACAGAUAUCCUCAAAAUGAAUUUUCUCAGUACUUGUCGGAUCUAACCCAAAUGAAUCAUAGCGCUGCGGCGGCUUACACGUCCAUGGCGCAACCUUUCGGAGUCUCAGCUCAUACUCCACCUCACAUGCCCACCGUUCGCCAAGACUCUAUGGCAGGUAUGACCUCCGAGGACGAAUGGUACAACAAAAGCUUGACUGCGCUGCGCAUGAACUCCGCCCAUUCAGCAAACCUGACCACUCCCGUUCUUCAGUACCAAUCUUAAGUUGCCUCACUCGAUUGCUUUAAAUUUAACCACGAUUCCCAGUGAAUGAAAGAAAUCAUUCCAGUCUUUAUUGACGUAUGUUUAAUCCCUGUUUAUAUGACCGCCAUUUGAGUUGUGGAUCAGUUAAAAAGAAAUUCCCGCAAAACUUGUUUGCAAAUUGUAUUCAUCAGACGCAAAUUCCCUCGCAAAUCUUUCUAACGUGGAAUUUCAUUCCACUUUUUGGUGAAGGGCUCCAGUCUAUCGUAAUUAUAUCGUGCUCAUAAUGUAAUCAUCAAGCGCGAAAGUCUCUGUAUUAUAAAUUCCCGAUGUAGCUGCCAAUUUGUUUUCUGCUGAUUUCAUUUUGUUUUUUCUUUAUCGUUUUUAUUGUGCAAUAACCCUCGUAACAUUCAUGAAUGACACUUUUCAUUCUCAAUCCUUCUGUGCAUUGAUGGUGUAAAAAAAAACUCAAUAGAAGCUCUUUUACUUGUCCCUGUCAUUUGAAAAAAGAUAUUAUUUGAGUUUUACACGUUACAUCUUGAACUACUAUAUCUACUGCAAUUUUAUUAUAUGUAAUUUCCAAUGACAGCGUUUUCACUGAACAUUAUCCCUAGUACGUCUUUUUUUUUCUUUGUGACACAUUUCUUUUUUUGAUGCAACAUUCGCUGUCCUACCAAGUUGAAUAAAUAUAGCUACACCCAAGAAUUUGUUCCAUGAAUACCAAAAAAAUAUCCCAAGUGUUUGUACUCUUUUUCUUGUAAUGGCGAAUACAGUAUAACAAACAUCCAAACAGCAAA